AUGAGCGUGGGGGGCCCCGAGCCUGUCAACCGGCCGCCUCUCUCGGACGCUGCCGCGGACGGGGCCUCCCCCUGGGAAGACCCCAAGGCCUUCUUGGCUUCCUUUGAGCAGGUGGCCCAAGCCUGCCAUUGGCCCAGAGGAGAGUGGGCAGCCCGUCUCCUCCCUGCUUUGAGCGGAGAAGCUGAGGAAGCUUUCCAAAGCUUGGAACCCAGAGACCGGGAAGACUACACCAAAGUGAAGGCCGCCAUCUUGAGAGAGGAAGCCAUCAAGAUGGAGGCGCAACGCCAGUACUUCAGGCAGUUCUGCUGCCGGGAGGCGGAAGAUCCCCGGAGGAUCCACAGCCAACUCCAGGAGCUUUGCCACCAGUGGUUGAAGCCGGAGAGACGCACCAAGGAGCAGAUCCUGGAGCUGCUGAUCCUGGAGCAGUUCCUGGUCAGCCUCCCAUCGGACCUCCAGAGCUGGAUCCGAGCACAAGGAGCAGACACCUGUUCCCAGGCGGUGACUCUGAUGGAUGACUUCCUGUUGAACCAGCAGGAGGACGAAACCAGGAAAUGGCAGGAGGUGUGCCUGGGUUCUCUAGAAGUGGAGGAGGAAGAAGGCAUGGACUCUGGAAACAGGCAGCUCUACAAAGACGGCGAGCUGAACAGUAGUGGGGAGACCAGCUUGCUAGAGAGUGGAAUUAAAUGCCCAAGCCAUGCUAGUUCGUUGCUUUCUCUGGAAGGACCCGAAAUGAGUGAAGCCGAACAAAACGAGGGAUCAAUGAGCCUCCAAGAGCAGGGUCUGAUCCAGCCUGGUCAACGCACCAUGUUCUGGCAAGUCCUGCAGGAGGAGAACGGCAGCACAGAUUGUUUGGGCAUCAAGAACAGAAACUGGAUCAAAAUGGAAACUUCUUUGUAUGGAGGAAACGAUCCAGAGGAGACGUCCAGGACAGCGGCCAAGAUAAACACAGGGAAUGUGUCAAUGGAGGACGACAUACGGAAGGAGGGAUGUGACAGCCGAGGUUGGAUCAAGAUGGAAAAUUCUCAGCGGGGAGAGACUGUGCUGGAAGAAACCCCCAGGACGCUAGCAGACAAUUCCCAGUGGACAUUUCCUGUCACCUCAAACAUUCAUGGACUGAGGUGGGAAUUCCAAGUGGAUAAGAUGUCCGCAAAGGGGAAGAAUGAAUGGUGUGACGUCUCAGAUGAUCUUACAACUGCCGUCGAGAAGAAUCCCACCGCGCAGGCGGAACGGGGAAAGGCCCUGCCGCCGAAGCAGGGACGAAAAUGCUGUUAUAAAUCAGGAUUUGUGGAGAUGCAAGGGAAACCCUGUCGAUGUCCCUCCUUGGAGGAAACGAUCCAGCAGAAAUGUUACUUGGAUAAACCUCAGAGGAUCCAAUCAGCUGAGCAAGAAACUGAACCUUUGGAAGUGAGGAAAGACUUCCGCCUGGGGGAUGAUUUGACGGGGUGCCCGAAAAACCACCCAUCCGAGGAACCUCGCGAAUGCCUGAAGGAGGAGAAAGACAGUAAAAGCCAGAAAGCCGUAAAGAGAGAUCAAGGCAUUCAGACGGAAGGGAGGCGGUAUCGGUGUGCCCAGUGUGGGAAAUCCUUCCGACACAGGCAAACAUUGACCAAACACCAGAAGAUCCACACGGGCGAGAAGCUACACGAAUGCCUGGCUUGCGGGAAGAGCUUCACGUCGCGAGAACCUCUGCUGAGGCACCAGCGGAUUCACACGGGAGAGAAACCCUACGAAUGUCCCCAGUGCGGGAAAUGUUUUCGGCAGAGGGUCCACUUGAUGGGUCAUCAAAAAACCCACACGGGAGAGAAACCUUUCAAGUGUCCCGAAUGCGGGAGAAAUUUCUCUCGGAGGGAUAAAUUGACCAGGCACCAGCGCAUCCACCGAUGUCAGCGAACUUACCCGCAUCCCGAACUUGGGAAGAGUUUCGAUCCGAAGGCAGCACUGCUCAAACAUCCAAAUCUCUAUGAAGGACAGUGACAGACUUUCGCCUUCAUUCUUUGGUAGCCUAUUUUACCAGACGGUUUUAAGUCUCCUCAAAUGCCUGUCAGGAUUGGGACAGGUUCUUACAGAUCAGUGGUGGGCCACAACCGGUUUAACAACCGGUUCUGUGAGUGCACGCUUCACACGUGCAGCAUUUAAUAAACACUAAUUUGAACCUCUCCUGUUCACC